GUUCUUUUCUUUUCCUUCAGCUUGAAGUCUUCACUUUCCUCAUUUUUCUCUGUAAAUUCUCUCUCCAAAACCCUUGGUUUCAUCUUUCAAGCAACAAAUCCAACAUGGACACAACAGUCGGCUACGAGAUCAAAGCCCACAUCGAUGUCGACGACGACGACGAAGUUCAAGCAUGUAUGAACAUGGAUUCAUCUGCUAGGGCAGUUGAAAAACUUCUCGAUUACACGUUUAAGGACAAAAGUCUAAUAGAAGAGGCCUUAACUCAUUCUUCUCGCACCAAUUCUGCCACUUACCAACGCCUCGAGUUCUUCGGCGACGCCGCUUUGGGUCUCGCAGUUUCCAAGUAUUUGUUCUUCACCUACCCUAAUAUUGAUUCUGGCCAACUCACUACCCUCCGCUCCCUCAAUGUCAGCACCGAGAGGUUCGCUCGUGUGGCAGCCCGACACGGCCUGUAUAGAUAUGUCCAACGCCAUAAUAUUGGUGUUCUUGAUAAGAAUGUUAGGGAUUUUACUGCAGCGGUUAAGCAAGAGGAUGAGACGACUUUGUACGGUGGAGCUGUGAAGGCACCGAAGAUUCUUGCAGACAUUGUGGAAUCUGUGGCAGCUGCUGUCUAUGUUGAUUGUGGAUUUGAUUUGAAAACUUUGUGGACGAAAUUUAGAGGUUUGUUAGAACCCAUUGUCACGCUUGAUGUACUCGAGCAACAACCACAAAUGGUGAAAACGCUUUUUAAGUUGUGCCAGAAGAAUGGAAAGAUGCUUGAUAUAAGGCAGUGGAGGGAAGGGGAGAAACACAGUACUAGCAUUUGUGUGGAUGGGGAAUUUAUUUCCUCUGGUUGUUCGGAGCAGCGAGAAAAAUCAAAACUGCUUGCAGCGGAGGAAGCUUUGCAAAAGUUGUCAGAUACUACAACAAAUGACAGAAUGGCAACCGACCCUGUCAAUGAAUUAAAUCAAACAAAUGAGAUGGAUGGCACAAAACAGAAGUUAUAUGAGCUUUGUGCCAAGAACAAAUGGCCAAAACCAAGUUAUAGAAUUGAGAGAGAGCUAGGUCCUGAUCAUAAGAAGAGAUUCAUAUGCUCAGUUCAAAUAAAAGCUUUUGAAGGGGUGCUGUCUGAAGAUGGCGAUGAAAAGUCGAGUGUAAAAGAUGCAGAGAGAUCCGCAGCUUCUAUGAUGCUCCGAAGCUUUCAAGAAACAGAGCAGAUAUGAUGUUUUUCUGUCAACUAGAAUGUAGAACAUUGUGAAGGUGUUCUGCUGUUGGCCCCUGUAGAUGCACGAAAUGAAGGAUUACUUUGUGUUUAGAUCUGUAUGUGCGAGGGAGUGAAUUGUCUUAUAGUUUUACCCCUAGUUCUGCUGGUUCUGUUACAUAGUUUCCUCUAUAUGCACUCUAUAAAAGCCCCUAAUGUUUAGUCCUGGAGUAGUUCUCUUGUUUGUGUGUGGGGGUGGGCACCAAGUGUUUAGACAUUCAAGAUGUUUGAUACUGAUUGUAUCUUAUUACAUUUUCAGAGCAAUAUCAGUGUGCAAUACUGAAUAAUUAUGCAGGUCCCUACCUUUGCCUGUAUCUUCUGUCUAACGAAAUAAUCAUCCAUGAAGAGUACACUAACUUGAA